AUGCCUGUGUACCAAGGUACGAAGUCUCCCACCUCGACCUUCACGGUCUUGACGCUCUGCAAUGCCAAACCUCAGGAUGAAGAUGAGGAGGAGGAGGAGGAGGGUGUGGGCGAAGAAGAAAAGCAACAAGAUCCUUCUAAUCCUGCCCCGUACCCGUCGCCGCUUUUUGGUCAGCAGGAGCUCGUUCGUGAACAAGAUGUUGUUGCCCAAGACGAAACGGUUCAGCACCUUUGGCAUGCGCAUGAGGACAUGUCGAAAGCGUGGUCAACAAGCGAGGCAUGCGUUUCAGAACAAGUAAGGGUAGUUAACGUAGUCGGAGGUAACUAGCCUGUCGACUGAAACACUCGACCGAAAAUGGAUGAAACACCACGGACUACGAGUGAGCAGCUAUGUAGUAAAGUACAUCAACGGGGGGCUGCAAUGACGGUGUUAACCAGCAACUGCUAUUGGUUUGACGCAGGAUCUAUCUGACGGCCGCUUAUCCACCCAUUGUUGGACUCGGCGAUGGAGGAGUUCCAGUAGAACUCGGGUCCGCGUCGACAUCGGCACAUCCUUCCGCCUCGAAGAGGAGCACUAUCCCGCAGAUGAUCCCGCAA